UCGAGGUUUUUAGAAAGAUUACUGGAAAAUCUCGGGGCUUAUGAGAUGUUUUAUUUCCUUUCUUAACCCCUUUUCCUUGCUUCCGAUGCGUCCCCAGACGUCCGCGGAGCCGCUGGAAGAGGCAGCGGGCAGGGGCCAAGCUCUUUCUCCGGGAGAGACGGGUGGUGGCCCCAGCUGACCACUUCCCGCGGCCAAAGGCCCCGGCCUGGAUCAUCCUCGGGCUCCUGGGCCGCGUGAUGCAGCCCCAAAAAGGUGCAGCAUCGCACGUGUCCCUGCCAGCGUCCGCGCCUCGCGCGUCCAGGCCUCGCGCGCCGCCGCCCAAUCGCCGCUGCCGCCUGGCGCUCGGGUCGCGUCCGCCGGUCGCAGGGAGACUGGAGCCCGGGAGCCGCGCCGCCCGCUGCCAUGCGGUUCCGCUUCGGGGUGGUGGUGCCGCCCGCGGUGGCCGGGGCCGGGCCGGAGCUGCUGGUCGUGGGGUCUCGGCCUGAGCUGGGGCGCUGGGAGCCGCGCGGGGCGGUGCGCCUGAAGCCGGCGGGCACGGCAGCGGGCGCUGGGACACUGGCGCUGCAGGAACCGGGCCUGUGGCUCGGGGAGGUGGAGCUGGCGGCCGAGGAGGUGGCGCAGGAUGGGGCGGAGCCGGGCCGCGUGGACACGUUCUGGUACAAGUUCCUGAAGCGCGAGCCGGGAGGAGAGGUCUCCUGGGAAGGCAAUGGGCCUCACCACGACCGUUGCUGUAUUUAUAAUGAAAACAACUUGGUGGAUGGUGUUUACUGUCUCCCAAUAGGACACUGGAUUGAGGCCACUGGGCACACCAAUGAGAUGAAGCACACAACAGACUUCUAUUUUAAUAUUGCAGGCCACCAAGCCAUGCAUUAUUCAAGGCUCCGGACGCGCAGGCUCAGCGGCCAUGGCUCACGGGCCCAGCCGCUUCGUGGCAUGUGGGAUCUUCCCAGACCGGGGCACAAACCCGCGUACCCUUCAUCGGCAGGCGGACUCUCAACCACUGCGCCACCAGGGAAGCCCAUAGGGAGAAUUCUACCAAAUAUCUGGCUGGGUAGCUGCCCUCGCCAAGUGGAACAUGUAACCAUCAAACUGAAGCAUGAACUGGGGAUUACGGCUGUAAUGAACUUCCAGACAGAAUGGGAUAUUGUACAGAAUUCCUCAGGCUGUAACCGCUACCCAGAACCCAUGACUCCUGACACUAUGAUUAAGCUGUAUAAGGAAGAAGGCCUGGCCUACAUCUGGAUGCCGACACCAGAUAUGAGCACUGAAGGCCGCGUCCAGAUGCUGCCACAGGCGGUGUGUCUCCUCCACGCGCUGCUUGAGAACGGACACACCGUGUACGUGCACUGCAACGCCGGGGUGGGCCGCUCCACCGCCGCCAUCUGUGGCUGGCUCCAGUACGUGCUGGGCUGGAAUCACAGGAAGGUGCAGUACUUCCUCGUGGCCAAAAGGCCGGCUGUGUACAUUGAUGAAGACGCCUUGGCCCGCGCAGAGGAAGACUUUUAUCAGAAAUUUGGGAAGGUCCGGUCUUCUAUAUGCGAUGUAUAGGUGAUGGAUCUGCCUCCCCUCCCUCCCGGUUUCCUGACGAAGCCUGGAGUGAUGCUUGUAAAUGACCUAGAAACCAAGAAUCUUCCUCACCUGGAAAGACGAGUCUCGGCUUCUCCCCUGACCUGCCUUCUUCAGUCUGGCAUUGACUUUUGGUUACGCUCUGGUUGAGCUGUAUCUUUUUUGGAAUAUGUUACAAAGGAAGCUGUAAUUGACACACAAGAAAAGUCCACAAGCAGCUGGACUGUGCAGUGUGGUUCUGGCAUAGACAGAAAGUGAAUGGGUGCAGUUCUGUGCCUGCAGGCGCUCGGCCCCUGCAGCAUGGUGGCUGCCUUGCGGUACUGGGAAUGCACGACUGCCCUUGCUUGUUGCGUUGUGACUUGGCUUGCGGAAGAAAAGGUUGGGAGUUAUGUAGAUGGCAUCACUGUGUGUGUCCAUGCACACACAAACACACACAUGCACACACACACACACGUACAUACACGCUCAGCUUUUCUGCUGAACUGAGAUGGAAUUAUAAAGUAAGAGAGUUGGUCAUUUGACCAAAGAAGGGAAUAAGUGUGGGCGGGAGCCUAGGCUGUGAUAAAGUAAGAGCCUCAUAUGACCCAAAGUGAUGACUUUCUAGACUUUUUUUUUUUUUUUUGCAUUCUGCUUCAUGGUUGUUAAAAUGUGUUCCAAGGCCUCGCCUUCCUUCUCUACCCACAACCCUGUGUGACAGCCUCAGUAGCAUUAUUACCUCUAUUUGUUUUAGCUGAGGCUCCGGAAGCAGAGGGAGCGUGCCCAAGGUCUCAUGGCUGGUGAGGGACAAGCUGGAGUUUAUCACCCGGGUUUAUUUGACUCAGUGCUUUUUCAACACAACCUGUGGUUUUGCCCGCACAAAGUUCAGUCUCUGUCAGAGGAAGGUCGAUUUUUUUGCAGCAGUUUUUACAGUAAGAAAUGGAACAGCGUUCUGAUCGGUUGCCAUAGAAUUCAGGAAAGUAGUUAUCCUAAUUUAAACCUUGGGGGCUGUCUCAAGGCCAGAGUGGCCUGAGCCAUACAUAGCUCACAAGAGGAGCUGUAUUCCCAAAAGAGCCCCAAGUGCCAAAGUCCACAGACAAUUGUUCCACAGUUUAGGAGGGAUCCACAGUUUAGGAGUGAUAACAUAGGCGUUAUCCCUCAGUUUAAUACAGAACACAGUUACUGUGCCUCCAGACUAUGCAACUCACUAUCCUGGGUUCUAUAGGAAAUAUAAAGAUUAAUAAGAUGUUGUCUUCAAAACGCUCAUAGCCUAGAAAAAGCCCUGUGUUCAACCAGGUGCACUGCAGGGUUGAACUAGUAAUGAUUUGCUGGAAUGCGGAAGGGGAAGUAACUUUUAUUGGGUACUUCUUAUAUGCUAGAUGCUUUAAAUCUUAUUUAAUGUAAUCUUCACGGUACCUUAUGAGGGAGAUUUUAUUUUCUCCAUUAUAUAGAUGAGGAAACUAAGACUCAGAGAGAUUAAAUCAACUGUCCUCUAUCACAUGGUGAAUAAACAGAUGAAAUAAGAUACAAAACUAGGUUUGUCUGACUCAAAGCCGAUACUUUUUCUGUUAAACUAAAAUGCUUAUUUAUUUUUCUCCUCCUCCUUUUCUUCCAUAAACAUUUAUUGAUAGAUAUGAGAGACUCUGAUUUAGGAAGUAUGGGGAAAAGCAGGACGGAAGGUAAGUCCCAGUGGAGUUCAGAGGAGGGAGAGGCAUCUUAUAACUGGGACUCAAAGGCGAUGGCAUUUAAUUUGGGCAGAGAAGGCUAGACAGUACACGUGUAUCCUACAGUUUUACAAAGUCAGAUUUAUAAGCCAGGAUUAAGUAAUGUGAAGUCUAGUUCUCUUGCUAAAAAUAAGUAGAAAUAACUAUGGUAUUCGAGUAACCCAUAGUCAUAAUGUGUUAUGUAAAAUUUAAUCUUAAAAAUGGAAUAUUUCUAACUAAUUACAUAAAUGUGUGUGUGUGAGAGUUUCUUGAAUGUCUACGAAGUCCAGCUACGUAACCUCCACCACAGAAAGACUUUUUUGGGGUGGAUUUUCCCCUUUUUUGCUUUGAUAGACAAAAUCAGUUUAGGGCUAUUGAAAAUGUUUUGGAAAAACUUCUCAUCCCCAGUGAAUGGAAUGUCCAAUGUAUUUCAAAAUCACCUGGAACUUUUGCUAAAUAAAAGCAUUAAAAAUGA